GUGAGCGGGAGAACACAUAUUGACAUAUUGAUAAUUUUGAUUGACACUUAAAAAUUAUUGUUUAUGUUUUCAUUUUGUAUAGCUUAAAAGCGCAUUAGAUUCAAUCUUCUUUUAUUUCUGUUGGUAUAAUGUCGGGAACAUACAAAAUAGUAUCCACCAAGGAAAAUGGUGAUACUUAUUUCACGGCAAUUCCAAGUAAAUGGGAAAGAAAUGGAAUUUUAUAUUGGCCAACGAAUAUUUCAGCACUUAAAAGAGAAAACCUGAGAAGUAAAGCUUUAUCAGAUUUUGAUUCAAACUGGGAUACUUAUGAAUGCGUAGUAAAAUUUUGUAACAUUUCCUCAUUCUCAGAAGCACUUAAAAUUGAAGCCAAUCUUGCAAAUUGUACGGAUACGGAAAGUGAACAAGUAUUAUCCUCAAAUUUCAAGCAAAAAAGGCAUAUAAAAAAAGCUUCUUUAAAAAAUUGCUCUCUGACUGCACCAGAUCGAAACAAAAUGAUCGAAGAAGUUUUGGAAAAUGAUUUUUCAACAAUAAACUCUUUGAUUGAAUGCAAUAUUGCAGAAGAAACUGCUCAAGAAAUUUCAAAUUCGGACCAAGUUAACUUUGCUCAAAGCAAUGAAUGCUUCCUAACUUUUGAAAUGCAAGAAAAAAUUCUGGAUUUGGAAAAAUGUAUUCAAAGUAUAAAAAUUGAGGUGCAGAUAAUAAAAGAAGAAUUCAUAAAAACCAAUGUAAAUUUAGAUAAAAUAUAUAAAAUUUUAACGGAAAAGAAUGAUUUUAUUAUCUCAAGAGCCGAUAAAGAGCAGCAAAAAUCUACAGUGGAGCAAAUUUUUCCAUUAAAAUCUUGUGAAGAAAUUGAAAAAACUAAUUUAAAAAUUGAAAGUGAUGUUGAGUUUAAAAAUUUUCUGAUAAAGGAUCUCCUGCAAUUUGGUGGAACUGGAGGUAAACAAAAUGGUCUAAAAAUAGGUUAUAAAGUAGUAGAUAGGGUAUUCACAAAAGAAGUUUUGACCCAUUAUAGUUGGACAGGAAUAUCUAAAUCUAAUUUUCCUAAAAACUCGUUUUGUUCAUUAAAUGGAUUUAUUAAACUUUUUAAUGAAGUUAUUUUAUUAGCCGAUGAUCAUUGGACAAUGAAGGAUACUGAAAAUUUAUUUAAAGAUGGUGUACUAAAACACGCAAAGAAAAGAAAUACUCGUGACGUGUCCAAAACAAUAAAAGUAACUACUAAUAAUAUUAUAGUUACAAGUCAAAAUAAUACGGAUGCACUUGAAGAAAAUAUACCGACUUUACAGGAUUUAAGUGACAUCAUUUUGCAAAAUUAAAAAGACAAUUCACCUCUAAGCUUGUUCAGAACAGAAAUUUUACUUUGUAAUCCAUAAAUUCACAAAGAAAUGUUAAGUUAACUUUUCAAAAUUCUACACAUGAUGUGUAUAGGAUCUUGGUAUUUAAAUAUUCAGAUAACAAAUACAAUAUAGCAAUAAUCAAUAAGUAAUAUAUAAUAAUAAGUAGAAAGUAUUUAGAAAAAUGCAAAUUUUGUUAUACGAAGAGCUGAGAGCAAAAAUGCCCUAAAUAACAAAUUGAAAAACAGUUUAUAUAUCGCUAAAUACAUUGUUAUGAAUAAAAUUAAGACUUAGGAUUAUUAUUCUGAUACAUUUUCGGAGGUGUUUAUUAAAAAACUCUCAAAAAGGAAAUGUGGAAUAAAGUUUAUUCUGAACCAUAGUUUAACUCACAACAAUAUUUUUUGUGAAUAUUAAUAAUUUUUUUCUGUUCAGCACAAAUGGCAAUAUUUAUAAUUGUGUUGCUAAUAGUUAUUUUUUUAUUUCAAUAUACCACAUUAAACAGUAUUGUACAUUUCGGUAGAAUGUGGAUAAUAGAGUUGGUUUUUGCCUUGAAUAAUUAUAGUAUCUAAUUGAAGUUACUUAAAAUAAAUUGCAAUAAUUAUAUUACAUCAAAAAACACAAUGUAUUGUAGACACUAAAU